CUUCUUCGUCUCAAUUUUGAGAAAAGUUACCCUACCAUAUUAACUCGUGUGAUACCGACUUCUGUGGUAUGAUAUGGCGACGAUAUUGCGAAGAGAGACUUGUGUUCGGGGGGUGAGUCGACGGGCAGCAGUUUGCGGAGGGAGCAUAAUCCAGCGAAGGACUUUCUCGUUACAGGAAUUGGACGAGAAGAGGGGGACCCGAGAGCGCGUUGUAAUACUCGGGUCAGGAUGGGGUGGCUUCGGGCUCGCCCGGCAGCUCGACCUACGGCACUACCAACCCCUAAUUAUCACUCCAAGAACGUACUUCGUCUUCACUCCGCUGCUCGCUUCUACCGCCGUCGGAACGCUGGAAUUCCGACAGGCGAUGGAGCAUUCGCGUUCCCGGCCUGGCAUCGAAGUUAUCCGCGCUUGGGCAGAGCAAAUUGAUCUUUCGAAGAAGACGGUCACGGUUGAAGGUGCUGUGCAGAGCAAGGAUAAGGUGGGGAGUGUCAUUGGUGAUGGAAAGCAGUUUGAGGUGGGAUGGGAUAAAGCUGUUGUUGCCGUGGGAGCUUUCAGUCAGACUUUCGGGGUCGAAGGGGUUAAGGACCAUGCUUUUUUCCUGAAAGAUGUGGCAGAUGCUCGGGCUAUUCGGAGGAGGAUACUGGAGUGUUUCGAAGAAGCAGCUUUGCCCACCGCAAGUGAGGCACGGAAGAAACAACUUUUGCAUUUCGCUGUUGUGGGGGGGGGGCCUACUGGGAUCGAAUUUUCCGCUGAAUUACAUGAUCUCUUGUCGGACGAUCUCACAAAGCUGUAUCCAUCCCUCGCCAAGUACCACCGUAUCACAGUAUACGAUGUAGCCCCAAGAAUCCUUUCCAUGUUCGAUACCUCCCUAGCGAAAUACGCCGAAAAGGUAUUCUCACGACAGAAAAUCUCAAUAAAAACAAGCCACCACGUGCAUAAGGUAAAUUCCGAAGCAGUCCACACGCGAGAAGAUGGCGAAGUUCUGGUUGGCUGUGUUGUCUGGAGUACAGGUUUGGCGCCCAACCCAUUCCUAGCAAAGGCACUGAAGGGCAAACUCCAGAUGGAUGAGCGAGGCUCCAAAAUCGUCGUGGACGAUCACCUGCGGGCUUCGUCCAUGGACGAAAGGGGUAGCACAUCCUGGCCAUUGGACGACGUUUUUGCUAUAGGCGACUGCGCUUCCCUUGGCGGCCAGGAAUUACCCGCUACGGCACAGGUCGCAAAUCAGCAAGCAAUCUGGCUCGGGAAGACCCUAAACAAGGCUGCAGUCCGCAAGGCUGCAGAAGGGAAACCCGGGCCCGUCAAGGUACAAGAUGAAAAAAAGUUUAGAUUCCGAAGUCUAGGAAUAAUGGCAUAUCUCGGCGGUUGGAGGGCUAUAACUCAAAGUGGUAGCGCAGAACUUAAGGGACGCAUGGCAUGGGUUCUCUGGAGGACAGCUUACCUGACUAAAAGCGUUAGCUGGAGGAAUAGGAUCUUGAUUCCUACUCUUUGGUUUACAAAUUGGGUAAUGGGAAGGGAUAUAAACAGAUUUUAGUCUGUGCCCUGGAUCAAAUCCGAAGGGUAGCACGGAUAGUAAUUCUAUGGUGGUGUAUGGGUCAGCAUAGGUGUACUAUGGAUUGUUUGGGUUUAGAUCAUUCGAUAUCACUCGCAACUCAUUCGAUUAGCGGAGCGUCAUACCGCCAAACUUGCAGGCAUUGAUGAGAAAACAUUGGCUCCCGCUCUCGGGGGUACCUCGGCCCCUACGGCUAGGUUGCGCGAACCCAAUGUUUAUCGAUAUUGGUAACUAUCUUUGUAUAGGUUAGCUGCCUUAACAGCCUUACUUUCGCGGCCUUGUAGCCCAAAAAUACCAACAACCUUGUCCACAGUACUGCGGGACUUAUCAAUCGGGCGUCAUGACUUCGAUCGCCUUAUUUAGACUGAGGCAGUUCAUCACCGACGAGGCUUUGAAUUCCAGUGGCUUUACCGGCCUUUGACCACUAUCGCCACCUCUCCCCCGUCGUCCCCACCGAUCUAGCCGACCCUCCCCAAAACUUAAGCUCACUGCCUUAGGGUCUAAGAAAUUAAUCAGGGAACUAUCUCUUAUCCUACUAGUGCCAGCAGUCCGAAUCUCUCACCCGCCAACCCUAUAGUGACGUCAAAAAUUCGUGGGGUGGUGGUCCUCCAAGAAAAUGUUCGUCAUACUCGGGUAGAAUUAGUUAGUCGGGGGAAAAAUACAAGAAAAAACCGCAGACUUUAGGAGAGAGACCUUUCGCAAGAGACAACGGACCAGUGCUCCUGACCGUCGGCGACCACACUCCCACCACCUCUUCUAACUUUAAACGGGAGGGCUAGGACUUCCUCACACAUCCAAACCCCCGCACCUGGGUGUCAUUCAUACCCUCUUGCCCCUCACAUACUCACCCUCUCUCCAUCAUACGCCUUUCACUGCCCAGACAUGCAGCAAAUGGCCUACUGCCCAACCCCCAAACCAACCCGGAGAAGGCGCUCAGAACGCUGGACUGGAGGGCAUUGGACAUUGGCCCGAGAUAUAAGGAUAUCUGCCCACUGGCCACCGGCUGCAAAGGCGAAGAAAGGCUAUAUGAGGACCUCCACUGGAAAGGCCUUCUAGCAACCUGAAAAAUGCUAAUUCCAGAAUCACUUGAUACAAAAAACCCCUCUGUACUGGAUAAAUGGCUGCUAGGUUCCUGGUCCAUGGGCAACAGAAAAUCCGCAUGGUCUAGGUACAGUUAGGGGAAAAUGGCUUGUGGAGAUCCCGUCAACGUUACGGUACUCCCACGGCGAGGCAGAGAAGCAACGGUACGUUUUUGUGUUGGACUAUUUCUUCCUGGGUGGGUGUAGACUUGUUACGAUGCACUGUUUUGAACGCGGAACGGUGAGGGUUUGGGGGCGCGGGUUAGGCACUUCGAUUUUUGCCCGAGGUGCUUGACGAGCUGCUCCGCGGGAGGUUCGUGGCGGUGAUACAUGCAUUCCAGGGAAGGAGUGCAUAGGUAUUCUGAUGCAUUGUUCCUCUGUUCUCCCCUUCCCCCCUGCAUCCCAGCCUUUUACAAGUGCCACGGUGACGUGAAACUGGGCAACAUCUUCCUAUCCUGCCAAAACUCCUAGGUCCUCAGCUACCUUGGCAACCACCACCAUUCCCCGCACCCAUAUGUAUCACUCACAAAGCUCUUCCACUCGGACUCGCGAUUAGUAGGACUAGCGGAGGGGUGGGGGCCCCAACAGGCUCAGGGGGUGUUGAGGCCGUGAGGAGGGAAGUGAGGUCCUGGAGGGGUGGUAUAGAGGAGAGGUCGGGCUAGUGAAUGGAGGGAUAGUAAUGGCGGUGUUGUAGCUGGGGAUCCAAAAGAAGGCGAAGGGGGCGAGAGCGCCAGAGGCGUGGAAAUAUUGAUGUAGAGCUCCACCAUGUCCCCAUGAGGUGCACGAGACUGCUCGAGGUGAUGAUUCUGAAACGAUGUUUCCGUAGUGGG